GUUCCAGCCAGUCUUGAUGCAGAUCUUCCACAGUGGAUUUGGUAGCGGGCAGGACAGGAGGAGAGGUUUUACGCACGAGUCCCUCUCGCGAUUUUAAGCAAUUGGCAAACUCGUAGUAGAGAAGGAAUCUUGUUCUCAUGGUGGGUCCUCCAUCUGCCCGUCGAGGAGAGCACGGUGACGUGCUGGCUGAUUGAAUGUCACCUCCAGUCACAAUGGAUUACGGACGGACCAUGGCCCCUCCGGUACCCCCGCACAACCCCACACAGACCCGGCCAGGGGAGGCGCAGGAGCGGCUGCUGAAGUGCGUCCUGCUCGGCGACGGAGCGGUGGGCAAAACCAGUCUGGUGGUCAGCUACACAACGAAUGGCUACCCAACCAAAUACGUCCCUACUGCAUUUGAUGACUUCUCAGCUGUGGUUCAGGUGGAUGGAAACCCGGUGAGACUACAGUUGUGUGACACUGCAGGACAGGAUGAGUUUGACAAACUCCGCCACUUCUGCUACAGCCGGACUGAUGCCUUGCUGCUCUGCUUCAGCGUGGUCAGCCCGGCGUCCUUUCAAAACGUCUGGGAGAAGUGGGUCCCCGAAAUCCGCCGCCGCUGCCCCCUCACGCCCAUCCUCCUCGUAGGCACACAGUGCGACCUGCGACAGGACGUCAAGGUGCUGAUCGAGCUGGCGAGGCGGAGGGAGACGCCGGUGCUGGAGGAAGACGCCAGGGCGCUGUCAGAAAAAAUUGGGGCAGUGACGUACGUUGAGUGCUCGGCGCUGACACAAAAGAAUCUGAAGGAGGUGUUCGAUGCGGCCAUCGCUGUCGGGCUGAGGCAGUCUGACAGGAGAGUGAGGCGGGAGAGGAAGGUGCGCAGCACAGCUGAUAAGAUGAAGAUGCUCUCCAAGUCCUGGUGGAAGAAGUAUGUGUGUGUCCAGUAGGGAGGGAGGAGACGCAUUUCUUGUACCUGAUGACAAAGCUGCUGACUUAUUGGCGGGGACAGAGUUGGAUGUAAGGACUAUUAUUACGUUCACCUGGACGACCCCACAUGUGGUAGACAGAAUGACUUUAAUUCAGUGGAGCAAUAGCUCAGCAGAGAGUGUGCCUGCCUGAGCUGUAGAGUUGUUGCAGGAAAGCCUUUGUUGAUGCCUAAAAGAAGAAGAGCAUGAGGCUGUCUGCUCCUCGGAGCCAGUCUGAACUGUUAAAUAUGACUGAUCAGCAUUCAACCAAAAAUAAUGGAGCUAAUAAAGUUUUAUGGCACAUGAACUGUAUAUCAUACUGGACGUGUCCAAAGGAAACGUGAGCCGACUUGGAGGGGAGGUGUUCAGACGGUGACUGUUAUGAACUAAAAGUAUAGUCCUCCGACGCGUCUGAUCCGAUGCCUUUCUUUAACAAAGUAUAUUAUUUUCUGUGUGUUACACUGUAAUUCAGCCCCCAACACUUCUGAUAGAUUGAUUUCACUGAAAUCAGAACAUGAAGUUAACGUAAAACUAGCUUGAAUCUCCAAUCAAAGAUGCAAUAAUUCUACUGUCGAGAGCCAAAGCCAGUCCUGCACCUUGUUUCCUAAAUCAGGAGCAACUCCAGUGACAAGUUGUUAAAAGUCAGAUGUGGAACCGAUCACAUUUAUUUGAACUCAUUCUCUUUUGGAUUACAAUCAAAUGUAAAUGAGUAUAAAUUAUUUUUAAAUCUAUGAGAUCUUUAGGAAUGUUGUAGUCCAGUUAAAUAUAAACUGCGAGCGUGUGUAGGGAUUUCUCUACGCAAGCUUGUGUCUGUGCCACAUUUUGAAUUGUUGCUACAGCUGUCACACUUUGAGUCGACACAGUUAGAGGUCUGUGAGCUCCUCACCAAUACACACCUACUACAGUUGAUUGAUGCCACCAACAAUGAACAGAGUAAACCGAAUGUCUAUUGACGUUGAUUUCCCAACCUAUGCUGGAUCACACAGGCCUACCUGUCAGCUUCAGUUUCUUCAGUUAGUUUUGAGAACUUUACCGUUAUAAUAUUUCAGCAAUACGUUGGGUGGUGCCACUGUAAAUUGCCCUUAUCACACACAGUCCAAACACGUCACUGUCGUCUCGCCAUGCAAUGGCCUGCGGAGCAGUGGUGUGGAUUACAUAUAGAACAGGUAAAUGCAUCUGUGGUGUUUGAGAUUUAGGUUUACUUGGUGUCACUGAAAGAGAAGUGGCUGAUCUGCAUGUCCCCUGCACUACCUACCGGUUUGGAUGAUCACAGGGUCUUUCUUUGUCAUUGCAGUCAGGACCAUAAACAGAUAAUUAUCCAUCUUUCUCAGCCAGCAUAUUGGAGCUCUCACCUCUUUUGAAAUGAUACAGUAAAUGAGGUGAAAUCACCAAAGAGACUGAUUCUAUGUUUGCUUCUUAUUUUUCAGAAGCCCGUCAUUCAGGUCUGUCUAUUUAUCUGUUCCUUCUGGGCCAAUAACUGAUCAGCAGAUGUAUGAAAUAUUGUAUGUCAUUAUGUAUGUUACAUAGUACUCAUUUAUGAUGUUUGUAAUGUCAUCAGGAUAAAUCUGUGUGUACAUAAGUGACUCAGUCCUCGGCUGUGCUGUCCAACUCUAAAUGGUACUUAACGGUAUAAGUGUUUCAGUUGAUUUUUGGCAUGAGAGCAGUUUGCUGAGCUGUAUGAGCGGAACAAAAUAAAAUGUGAAAUAUUUAA